ACUUAUUUUGCUGUGUUGCGACCUUGGAGUUAGUGUCAACAUAGAGUAACCUCCCUUAUCAUGAGCAACCACGUUACGUUCUGUGAUAUAUAUGAUCGUGAUAGAUCUGUGGUGCAAUGCUUUAAUUUCGUGUUUGUUUAGAUAACAGGUGGUAUUCCUCGCCGAGGUCAUAUCGAAUGGACACAUUGAUAGAACAGUCAUUCCGUACAAAUACAUGACAAUCAAAACACAAAGUCAUUAUAUUCUUAAAUUUCAUUUAACGUUAUAUUCCUGGACCUAACGUUAGAUGCAUUUUCGUCACAGUGAUUGAGUGAAUAUAAUAUACAGUGGUAAAAUGGCUACUGCAGCUAAAACAGCGUUCAGAUUUAUUGAUAUUGGUGUAAAUUUAACAGAUCCUGUUUUCAGAGGAAUUUACCAUGGGUCCAAAAAACAUGAAGAUGACUUUGUGGAUGUCUUGAACAGAGCAUUUGAUUAUGGCAUGAAAAAGAUGAUGAUAACUGGUGGGAGUUUGAAGGACUCCACAGAAGCUCUGGAGCUGUGUAAAUCUCAUGAGACUCUGUAUUGUACUGUUGGGUGCCAUCCGACUAGGUGUGGUGACUUUGAAAAGGGUAAUGACCCUCAGAAAUACCUGGAUGACCUUUUUACCUUGGCAAUGGACAAUAAGGAGCGUGUGGUAGCUGUUGGAGAGAUGGGAUUAGAUUUUGACAGACUCCACUUCUGUCCUAAAGAUACCCAAAUGAAGUAUUUUGAGAAACAGAUGGAUUUGGCAGAGAAAACAAAGUUGCCUUUAUUUCUACACUCACGGAAUGCUCAUAGAGAAUUCAUAGACAUUAUCAAGAGGAACAGAGAACGUAUCAUGGGAGGGGUGGUCCAUUCGUUUACUGGUACAAAGGAGGAGGCAGAGGAAAUCUUACAACAAGACUUGUACAUAGGUAUUAAUGGCUGUUCACUGAAAACACAAGAAAAUGUUGAUGUGAUGUGUUCCAUUCCUGCUAACAGAUUAAUGAUAGAGACAGAUGCUCCGUGGUGUGAUAUCCGUCCUACCCAUGUAGGGUCAAAGUUUGUCAAAACAACUUUUCCAUCCAAAAAAAAAGAGAAGUGGGAAAAGGGAACUUGCAUCAAAGGUCGAAAUGAACCAGUACAUAUAAUCCAAGUUUUGGAGGUGAUGGCUGCUGCAAGGAAUGAAGACAUCAACGACUUAGCAAAUAAGAUGUAUGAAAAUACAUGUAAAAUGUUUUUUAAUAGUGAUAGCUAAUUUCCAAAUAAAUAAAUGAAUAAUGAUGUAGUAAAUUAAAUACAUAUAAGUGGAUUUGAUGGCGUCAUGUUUUUAUGGCAAUACAUGUACAUAUAUCUAUAUACCACACUACCAAGAAAUAAGCCUGUAAACUUGGUGUUCACAAAAUUUGUUGCAAAUGUUUUGAGUUUUUUUUAGUUUUAAAUGGAUAUAUGAUUACAUUUUCGUAUAUUCAUUUCAAGUCGGAGCAGUCGGCUGCAUUGGUCCAUACCUUGAAUGAUCAUGGUGUUGUUGAUAAACUCGAAUUCCGACACUAGCUACAUUAACCAAGAUAACAUAUUAAGUGACUGUGACCAUGUUUCAAUACCCUUUACUCAGCUAAUUAGAUGGUCACCAGUCUUUUUAAUCUGGACUCUGGACUUAGUUAUAAGUAUAUCUCAAACUGAUGCCAAGUUAGUAAUUGAUGUAGAUAACUUGUUAACUUGGACUAAUUAACUAUGAGUGGCCCUGGUAUUCAGAAUGAUGGGUGUCCACUGUAAAGUUCGUGCCCGAAGGGCAAGUGAGCUUAUGCCAUGGCGCGGCUUCCGCCGUCCGGCCGUCGUCAACCUUUCUAUUUAAACAUCUUCUAAAUAACCAAGAGGCCCAGAUACUUAAUAUACAUUGUAAUGUAUGUAGCAUGGUAUGAAGGACUAAAUUUAUGAAGUUGGUCUUCAUUCAAGGUCACAGUGGUCAAAAAGGCCAAAAUUUGUAAACAACUCCUUCUCAAUAACCACGAGUCCCAGGGACUUGAUAUUGGGUCUAUAGCAUGCUGGGAUGAAGGGCUAUCAAGUAUGUUCAAAUGAAUGGCCGUGACCUACAUUAAAGGUCACAUGGGUCAAAUAGGCUCAAAUCUUUAAUAAUAAUGAUGAUCUCAAUAAACAACAAAAUCCAUGAAUGCCUAUGCCUUUUUUUUUAUUUGUUACAUGUAUUUACAAAUGUCAGAUUAUCAAAGAAUUUACAAAUACACAAACACCAUAUAAAAUUUGAUGAUUUUAUAAUAUAAUGUAUACAAAAAUAAAGUUAAUAGAUUCAACCUAUUGAUCAACAACAACAUCCCACUUAACUUGAAUAAAAAUGUUUGAUAGUUCCAAAAACACCACAUGGUACUGAACAUUUUAAUCUAUAAAACUGACUAAUUAGCAAUGUCCUUCAUUUGUCCAGCGCUUAAUACGUAUGACAGGAUUAAAAUAAUUUGGACACUACCAAUUGUUUUAUGAUCAGUUUGAUCAGGAAUAGAACCAAUAGUCUUUGAUGAUUGGAAUGUUAAGUACCUAGGACCUUUUGAUGAACAAAGGACUUGUGAGAAGGUUGAUGUUCUGUUCACAAACAGAUUUGCCAACCGAAAUAUAGGGGAGAACAGUGAAGUGUUGACCUUUAAGGCUGGUCACACUAAAGUCAAAGAUGAAUGAGUGGGACUGGAGGAUAUCUAUGUUUAUUAUGACUAUAUUUGGCUAUUGUAGCAAUGUUUUCUGGGUAUUAACUCGGCAUUAAUUAGCAGAAUCAGUCUAGAAUUAAAACCAAGUUUUAAAACCAAACUACAUAAUGUAGUUAAUGGCUUCUAUUAAUUCCAUAGAUAAUUUUUGAAAGUACCUUGUAUAACCCCCUAUCUAUAAAACAUGUAGUAAAAAUCUGGACAACCUGCUGGAGUGAAAGGAAUGUUACAUUAUUAUAAGAAAGCUUUUGACAUCAUUAACAUUAAAAACAGUGUCUUGAUGUAUUAUGUGGGCUUUUCAUGAUUCCCUUUAAUCCAUUUUUCGUGCCAAAUUUCAUUUAGUGGGUGAUUUUUCUCAGUUUGCAUUUAAUGCAAUAUUCUGUGUUCUAAUGACAAAUGUUUGACUGUAGAUUUAUCAUAGACAACGAGCUAUGUAUACAUCAAUAUUCAGAUGUAAGUCCACUGCUACAACCGCAGACUUACCACUAUAGACAAUAUACCAUGUAUACAGUGAUAACAAAGCUUAUCUCCCCUUACCACUGAAAUAAAGACUUCACACAAUUAGUUCAUUGCUUUAAGAUAACAUGAAAGGCAAAAAUGCAUGCAUUAUACAACUAAUAAAUAGAUUGUUUAUAAGUUGUAAUUUUACAAAAGUAACAAGUGUUAGAUGUAGGAAAAUAAACAUUAUAUUAUGUAAAGGCAGAAAUAAACUGGUCCGUAAAACAGUUAAUGAUAUGUGAAAGUGAAGAUCGACAAAGGAAUGUAUAAUUAUGAUAAACACCACGUGGGGCAAAUGUAGAAGUGAAAGACAAUUUCGCCCUUAUAACAGUGAAAUGUACAAACUAUCACAAUGUUGUACAACAGGCUUUCUCGAACUUAAUUCAAGAAACAGCAUAAUUAUAUAUCUGAAAGCUCAACAAGAUGUAUCUAUUGUGAAAAAGAUCAGUCCUAUUUACUCAACACAUUCUCCAAAAAUAAGAAAUAUUUUAAUAUCAAACAAUUUUAGACUGAUUAUCUUUUAAUUUAACAUCAUCAGCAAAUAAAUAUCAACCUUCCAAUGAGAAAAAUGAAAAAGUUGAUGACAAUCACACUGAAAUGAAAACAUUACAUAUGUACAGGUGUAUAAAGUGAGUGUAGUGAUUUAAGCAAUACAGCAUACAUUUACUGCUUGAAAUACUUUAUGUCUGGUCCAGUAUUUGCAUGUACAGUAUCAUGAUGAUUUCAACUAUUGCACAUUACCAUGUUACUCCGAAAUAUGUUCGAUAAGCAUAGUGAUCAUACAUGCCAUUUAAGCAUGAUCAUUCCUCAAGUAGUAGGAAUUUGCAUUUGUCUAAAGAUUAACAAUUGUUCUUUGUAAAUUGUCUAAAGAUUAACAAUUGGUCUUUGUAAAAUUAAUUGUCAAUAUUCCCAUGCUUUAUGAAAGCGCACUCUUCUUGAUUAAAUUUCAAACUCAAAGAUCUUUUUUUAAACUUCAAGUCCUUAUGACCAAGCAACUGGGAAAUAUCUACACUGGAAUGUAAAUACAUAAUUUAGUUGAAACGCAAUUGGCUGUGUAAAAACUGAUCAAAAUACUUUGACUUACGAUGGAACAUGAGAUUACAAUCACACAAUUGGAAGCACUUAUUCAAAUCUACUUUCUACUGAUAUCAACAACAUGGCAAAAGCAAAUAAUAUACAUCAUGAAUUGAACAAUUAAUAUAUCUAACAAAUUAAGGUGUAAUCUUGGAUAGCUGAUAAAAUUUCAGUAUAGAUUAAAGUUUCUCUUUACACGAAGAAAUGAUAUGAAUUCGUUGUAUAACAAACCCUAGAUGUGUUACUUUUCAAAGAUAAGCUGUAGUUAGAUAUUUAAAACUAACAAUCUAAACUGCUGGAAAAUUUCACCAUGAAAACACUACAUAUGGGGGUUCACAGUAAGUAUUUGGUAUCAAUGCAUUCUGUCAGUCUUCAAUUUUCAUUCUAUUAAAAAGGAACAAAAAAAUUCUAAUAUUGACAUGUAUGAUGGCAUACCAAAAGAAUUGCAUAGAAUUCAACAAGUAUUUUAGACAUAAAUUUGACAUAAUCUAUACUCUAAUUUAACUUUCCAAGUAAAUUGAGGAACUUGCGUGUAAAAGAUAAUAAAUAUACCAUGAUCAUUACAAAUGGCUAUUUUGAUGAUGCUGUAAUUAUACAGUGUAAUGUUUCCAUCUUGUUAAACACUAUCUAGAUUAGAGUAGAGUGUAUUUGUUAUAAUACACAGACUUGGGAGGUUCCUUAAGCACACACCACAACACCAUCCAUUGUUUCUAUGGAGAUACAAGGCAUACAGAUCUGUGUACUCAAAAUGGCACUAGUUUAAUACCCCUUGUGUAAAAAUAUUUACUAUCAUUCAACCAGACUUUGUAAGUUGCUCAGUAUCAUACUAGACUAUGGAACAAAACAUGAUAUGAAUAUUAUAGUAUGACUGGCAAUGACUCACUUAUAUGUGUGCAAUUCUUAAGCUGUUUAAAUGACAACAAACAUGAUCUAUACAAUACAUAAAGCUGUAUAAAACUUAUGCAUAUAUUUUUAUAAAAAAAAUUCUCAAAAGAAGUAUACAAAAUUACACGUCCACACGUUAACAACAGUACAACAUAUUUGUUCUAUUUAAAUAUUGCAUGGCAUUGACCUAUAUGUCUAUACCAGUAACCAUUGACUUAAAA